CGGGCGCUGUUUGGUGACGUGUUCAGAGCGCGACGACGAGUCUGAGGGACCGGAGGAAGGCUGAUGGCACCGGCGGGGACGAACAGGAGCCGGGCUGCCCCGAAGAAAAACACCGCGGCGGCCCAGGGUCCCCGCCGAAAGCGCCAAUGGAGGCCGGACCCGCGGCGGAGCUUUCUGGGGAACGCUCGGGAGGGACAAGGAUUUGCAUUUUGGAGAAAGCAAAAGAUCCAACGGGAAUACAAGAAAUUACUAAAAAAGGAAGGAAAAGCACAUCCUCAAUGGAAAGUUCAAUAUACAGAUUCUUACCCAGAUAACUUGAAGCAUCUCUAUUUAGCUGAAAAGGAAAUGCUUCAAAAACAAUCAAAAUCUAAAAGAACUGAAGUUUUGUUAGAACAAAAAUGCAGCAUAACAGUAACGUCAGAUACGACUCAAAGGAAGUUUAAAAAGAAAACUUCAAAUCAAAAAGCAAAAGAAGAAUAUGAGAAAAUAAAGGCUGAACGUGCCAAAAAGAAAGAGGAAGCCGAGAAAAGGAUACGAGAAAGAGAAGAAGCUCAAAGGCUCUACAAGCAAAAGAAAAUGGAAGCUUAUAAAAUAUUAAGUAAAAGGACCAAAAAGGGACAGCCAAAUCUAAAUGUACAAAUAGAAUUUCUCCUUCAGAAAAUACAACAAAAACCAUAGACCAGAUUAUCUUCUCUUUUCAGUGAAUUAAAUCAAUCCACUAAAUAUA